AAAAAAAUAAAAAAAAAAAAAACACAGACAAGUAUGUAUAUCUCUGCAAUUACAUUGGAUUUUUCGAAGCUCCCAACGGAGAAAAGUGAAAGAGAGAGAUAGAGGAGAGGUCUUUCUCAGUAACACCCCUAAAAAAGAUAGAAGAGUUCUUCUUUGCUUGCUUGCUUGUAUUUGGGGUUUCCAUGGUGGUGGGUUUGUGUUAUUGAAUAUUGAGCUUGCAAAACGAUUCUGAUCUUGGUUGUUGGGAGUCGGUGGUUGUUAACCAGAAUAAUAUAUAUAAUGGGUGCACCGGAGUUGUUUAUGGUGAAGGCGGCGUUGGUGUUGGUAUGCAUAUGUGGGGGGGUAAUUUCAUCGGCAUCUCCUUCUUCAAGACAGAAGCUUGAGGUUCAGAAGCACUUGAACAGGCUCAAUAAGCCCCCCACUAAAACCAUUCAGAGCCCAGAUGGGGAUAUCAUAGAUUGUGUGCACAUCUCUCAUCAACCAGCUUUUGAUCAUCCUUUUCUCAAAGACCACAAAAUCCAGACAAUGCCGGAAGCCCUAAAAUUUGCUGACAACAAAAUGUCUGAAGAAGAGACAACAAUUAAUUCAAUCUCUCAGCUGUGGCAUAUGAAUGGCAAGUGCCCUCAAGAAACCAUUCCUAUUAGGAGGACAAAGAAAGAAGAUGUGUUAAGGGCUACUUCUGUCAAAAGAUAUGGUAAGAAGAAGCACAGAAGCCUACUCAAACCCAGGUCUGCAGAUCCAGACCUCAUUAAUGAAAGCGGUCAUCAGCAUGCUAUAGCUUAUGUGGAAGGGGAUAGAUACUAUGGAGCAAAAGCUACUAUUAAUGUUUGGGAACCCAAAAUACAACAGCCCAAUGAGUUCAGCUUGUCCCAGAUUUGGGUCUUAGGUGGUUCUUUUGGUGAAGAUCUUAAUAGUAUUGAAGCUGGUUGGCAGGUCAGUCCAGAUCUCUAUGGAGACAACAACACCAGGCUCUUCACUUAUUGGACCAGCGAUGCAUAUCAAGCAACGGGCUGCUACAAUCUUCUAUGCUCGGGCUUCAUUCAAGUCAACAGUGAAAUAGCAAUGGGUGCCAGCAUCUCUCCUGUUUCUGCAUACCGGAAUUCGCAAUACGAUAUUAGCAUUCUCAUCUGGAAGGAUCCGAAAGAGGGACAUUGGUGGAUGCAGUUUGGGAAUGGGUAUGUAUUGGGGUAUUGGCCAUCAUUCUUGUUCUCAUACUUGGCAGAGAGUGCAUCAAUGAUCGAGUGGGGUGGGGAGGUAGUAAACUCGGAGCCCGAUGGGCAGCACACAUCUACACAAAUGGGAAGCGGUCAUUUUCCAGAAGAAGGUUUUGGAAAGUCGAGCUAUUUCAGGAACAUACAAGUUGUUGACAGCUCCAACAACCUCAAAGCUCCAAAAGAACUUGGUACUUUCACUGAGCAAUCCAAUUGCUAUGAUGUCCAAACUGGGAGUAAUGGGGAUUGGGGGCAUUACUUUUACUAUGGAGGCCCUGGUAGAAACCCUAAUUGCUCUUAAUUUCAUCAUCCCAACAAAAAAAUGAAAAAUGAAAAAAAAAAGUGAGCCCUUUGAAGCACCUCCUCUGUAACAUUCAACAACCCCUUGUUUUUUUUUUUUUUUUGAAAUUUAAAAUUGUCUAGUUAUGUUAGAGGUUUGUGUAGUGUGAAUGCAAGUUAACUGUGUAGUGGGAAGUUUUUGACCCUUGAUUUAGAUUUCCUCGAAAGGUUGUUUUUUUUUUUCUAGGUCCAUAUCCAUGUAAGUGAAUGGUGGGUGGCCAUGUUUCUUGAAAAGAUGAAAAGAAAGCAGCAGGCCCUCCUUUGUCA